UUAAUAACGCCUUCAAUCUGAAUUGGCUCUACUUUUUUUAUUAGUGGUGUAAGGAUGACAUGAUAAGUCAACUCAAUCAUCUACUAUGAUUUUUCUGAUUCACGUCUGUGUACAAUUUUGAUUCUCAAACAUCAUAGCAAAGACUUAAACCAGCUGUCACAUACUUUUUUUUUUCACCCGGUGUGCACGAUUCGGGAGAAGCGCUCCUAGCAAGGAUUUUUUCAUACUCAAGGCUCAAACCCUUAACCGCAUCACAUAAUUUAACUCUAAAGUCUGCAGAAAACAAAAUCUCUUCAUAUGAACUUUUGACUUACAAUUUAUUUUGAUCUGUUUCUUGGGGUAACUACAGUGAAAAAUGGUUGCUUUUGGGAAGAAGUUGAAGGAAAGGCAAAUCGUGGAAUGGCAAGGAUACUAUAUCAAUUACAAAGUAAUGAAGAAGAAGGUAAAGCAAUACGCUGAUCAAAUCCAGGCUGGAGCACUCAAUCAGCGAUAUGUUCUUAAGGAUUUCUCAAGAAUGCUGGACAAGGAGAUUGAGAAAGUUGUUCUGUUUUUGUUGGAACAACAAGGAGUACUAGCAAGCAGGAUAUCUGAACUCAAUGAACAGCAAGAUUCUCUUCAAGAACAGCCUGAUCUAUCCAAAGUAACUGAGCUACGAGAAGGUUAUAGAUAUGUGGGGCGUGAUCUUUUAAAGCUUCUCUUUUUUGUUGAAAUAAAUGCCAUUGGAUUGCGGAAGAUCCUUAAGAAAUUUGACAAACGUUUUGGCUAUAGUUUCACUGAUUACUAUGUCAAAACCCGGGCAAAUCAUCCAUAUUCCCAACUUCAGCAAGUCUUCAAGCAUGUGGGAUUAGGGGCAGUUGUUGGAGCGAUAUCUCGUAAUCUUGCAGACCUUCAAGACCGUGAGGGAAGCUACUUGUCAAUUUAUGAUCAGCCUGCUCUUCCACUUCAGGAGCCCGUCGUUGAUGCAAUGGAAGCAGCUAUUGAUAGAUUAGGUUACUCAACUACCUUCCUUAACUUUUCGGUCCAACGUUCACUUAUCAUGCUAGAAGAGUUACCUACUCCUGUUGAGGAACAUGUUGAUGAUCAGAGAUACCAUUUUAUGUCACUCCUCUUGAACCUGGCAAAUACAUUCCUUUAUAUGAUCAAUACAUAUAUCGUUGUUCCAACAGCCGAUGAUUAUUCUAUGAGCCUUGGUGCUGCUGCGACAGUUUGUGGAAUUGUGAUUGGAGCCAUGGCUGUUGCGCAGGUCUUUUCUUCUGUGUAUUUCAGUGCCUGGUCAAACAGGUCUUACUUCAGACCUCUGGUAUUUAGCAGUAUAGUUCUUUUUGUGGGGAAUGUGAUGUAUGCAUUGGCCUAUGAUCUCAAAUCAAUACCAGUUCUCCUUCUCGGUCGUAUAUUUUGCGGUUUGGGUUCCGCCAGAGCAGUGAACCGACGUUACAUCAGUGACUGUGUGCCACUUAAAAUCCGGAUGCAGGCUUCAGCUGGUUUUGUAAGUGCUAGUGCACUUGGAAUGGCAUGUGGCCCUGCAAUUGCUGGGCUACUUCAGACAAAUUUUAAGAUUUACAAGUUAACAUUCAAUCAAGAUACUUUGCCUGGUUGGGUUAUGGCUUUUUCAUGGUUAAUCUAUUUGGUAUGGUUGUCGAUCUCUUUUAGAGAACCUGCUCAAGAGACUGAAGUAAACAAUGUUCCUCGGAAAUCUAAUGCUGUAGAAAACGAUGACCUUGAAAAAGGUGUUGUGCAACCAUUGCUAUUAAAAUCAGCGGAUGAUGAACAAGAAAAUGAAGGUGAAUGUGAUGGCAGUGAAGAAGCUCCAGAGGAGUCUCGUCGUCCAGCCAACUCCAUUGUAGAAGCAUAUAGAUUGCUGACUCCUUCUGUGAAGGUUCAAUUAUUAAUCUAUUUUAUGCUGAAAUAUGCUAUGGAGAUUUUACUUUCAGCAUCUAGUGUCAUCACGGCAUAUUACUUUAGCUGGUCAACGAGCACUGUCGCAAUUUUUCUUGCAUGUCUGGGCCUCACAGUUCUUCCAGUAAAUGUUGUUGUUGGGAGCUACAUAAGUAACAUCUUUCAGGACAGGCAACUUUUGCUGGCAUCUGAAAUCAUGGUUUGUCUUGGUAUACUCCUGAGCUUUAAUGUUGUAAUCCCGUAUUCGGUACCACAGUAUGUCUGCUCAGGCCUCCUAAUGUUUGUAUCUGCUGAAGUAUUAGAAGGUGUAAAUUUAUCUCUUCUCUCUCGAGUAAUGUCAUCAAGGCUUUCCCGGGGAACCUACAAUGGAGGUCUCUUGUCCACAGAAGCUGGCACAAUUGCUCGGGUGAUUGCUGAUGUAACUAUAACUCUUGGUGGAUAUUUAGGGCAGAGCAGGCUCUUGAAUGUUACUCUUCUCCCUUCACUUUUGAUAUGCAUAGCUUGCAUUUUUGCAACAUGUCGUACCUAUAAUUCUCUUUACUAAUUCACAAUCUUGUAUGCAUACAAAUUACAACUAUUGUUUUCCUUCUCUUUAUGGUUUCUGAGUUGAUUUGCUUGUUAAAUUGAGGGAUUUGAAACUUCCACUAACAAGAUGGUGAGGGUACAUACAAAGUGAGUUGACUCUCAUACCAUGUUGGAUGUACUUUUGAUUGGGUUUUUAUGAAUUAUUGUUGUAAAUUUUCAUCAUGAUAAGCAGUUCAUGAGUUUAUUUA